GGGUUGCAAGUACCCGGAUGUGUGAAGGCCUCGUUGGCAAACUUAUGUUCUCGUGGUGUUUGGGGACUUCCGCUCCCAUAAUUCCUGGCAUCUGAACAAGCUGGCUGGGGCUUCUGGGAGUUGAAGUCCAAAAAAGAGUCUCUUUGUCUUUGGGGGUCUUAAGCAGAGACUGGAUGGCCAUCUGUCAGGGGUGUGUUGAUUGUGAGUCCCUGCGUGGCAGAAGGUGGUGGGGCUGGACGGCCCUUGGGGUCUCUCUUCCAACUCUGGGACUCUAUGAUUAACAGCUGCAUCGUCUGCGCAUGCUCAGGACUCCGAGGCGCGCUUUCCCUCUCAGGUAAGAAGGAGAGAGGCAGGAGAAAAGGCACCUCCGCUUCCCUCUCUUGCUGUACUGUAAGUGGACAGUAACAAUGAUGUCCAAAAAGGUUGCCGCUAAGAGGAAGAUCGACGUGGAAUGGAGGGUAUUCAACCCACAGUGGACAGAAGAUUACUUUUUCAUCGAGCACAAGGAGAAAGCUGUGUGCUUGAUAUGCCAGGGUACAGUGGCUGUGUUCAAGGAAUACAAUUUGCAUCAACACUAUCAAAUGCAUCAUAAAGAUACAUACGAUGGUUUUGUUGGACAAGUGAGAAAAGAUAAAAUAUCCAAACUGAAAACUUCAUUGGCAAGCCAGCAAAAUAUUCUUGUGAAGCAGAAGCAGCAAAAUAUUUCAUCCAUGCGAGCAAGUUAUGAAAUUGCCCAGGCAAUAGCGUCCGCUGGCAAAUCAUUCACGGAGGGAGAAUUUGUUAAAGACUGCCUUCUUAUAGCUGCCAAAGCGAUGUGUCCAGAAAAGGCUGAUGUAUUUAAUACAGUGAGUCUUUCGGCAUGUACAAUUUCACAAAGGGUUGAAGAACUGGGAGACAAUUUGAAGCAGCAAUUGCAAAACUCUGCAAAAAACCUUUCCUAUUUUUCCUUGGCACUUGACGAAAGUAACAAUAUUCGUGAUUCUGCACAACUUCUGAUUUUUAUUCGUGGGAUAAAUGACAAUUUCGAAGUCACAGAAGAGCUUGCUGCACUGCAAAGCAUCAAAGAGACCACAACAGGAGAAGAUAUCUAUGAAACAGUUUGCCAGACUGUUAAUGGUUUGGAGCUGGACUGGGCUAAACUAGCCAGUGUGACAACCAAUGGCGCUCCUAGCAUGGUGGGGUCUAAGAGAGGAGUAGUUGCUCGCAUUAACCAAGAGAUGGAAAAACAUAACCGUUCUCAGCCAAUAGCCAUACACUGCCUCUUCCACCAACAGGCGCUGUGUAGUAAAUCACUGAAGUGGGACUUUGUUAUGAAAACUGUGGUAUCUUGUGUUAACUUCAUUAGAGCUAAUGCAUUGAACCACAGACAAUUUCAGGAAUUUCUGUCCAAGGAAAAUGCUGACUGGGAAGAUGUUCUGUACCACACAGAAGUGCGUUGGCUGAGUCGAGGGAAGGUUUUGAGAUGUUUCUAUGACUUAUUGCCAGAGAUUGCAGCUUUUCUGGUUUCCAAAAACAAAGAAGUACCAGAGCUCAAUGAUGCAGAAUGGAAAUGGCACCUUGCCUUUCUGACAGAUGUAACAGAGUUCCUUAAUGGUCUCAAUGUGGAACUUAAAAGAAAGGGGAAGCUCAUCUGUGAUAUGUAUGCAUCUGUGAAAUCAUUUGAACUAAAAUUAGGCCUCCUCAUCAAACAAGUGAAUGAGGGACAUUUCAGCCAUUUCCCAACUACUCAAAAUCUGUCAGCAGAAAAACCAUUGGUUGCAUUCCCAACAAAAACAUGUGUGGAGUUGCUGGAAAAGUUACAAAGCGAGUUCCAAGCUAGAUUUAAAGAGCUUCAUCUCCAUGAACAGGGCAUACAGCUUUUCCGAAACCCAUUUUCUAUUGACAUUGAAAAUGUGGAUUCAAUUUACCAAAUGGAACUGUGUGACCUGCAUAGUUGUGACUCUCUGAAAGACGCAUUCAAGUCAAGCAGCCUUCUAAAUUUCUAUGCAUCUCUCCCCUCUGAGAAAUACCCUAAUAUCAGGAACCAUGCACGCAAAAUGGCAACCAUCUUUGGCAGCACUUAUGUCUGUGAACAGACUUUUUCCCGGAUGAAACAUCUGAAAGCGCCAGCCAGAUCCAGACUAACAGAUGAACACUUGCAUCAUUUGCUACGAAUAGCAGUGACAAAUAUGGAACCAGACAUUAACCAUCUCAUUAGCCAGAAGCAGGCCCAGAGUUCCCAUUAAACAUUGUUAUUAGAUACAGAAUUAAGUUUGUUGAUUUAAUUUGUUCUUCAUUAAAAUACACUGUUAUUUAAUACCAAAUAAAGUUUGUUUAUUUAA